UUGUAGUCAUAUUGCUCUAAUGUAACACACGGCUUGCAUUCUGUAAAUAAUACGUAAAAGGUCUUAGUCGCUCUUUACUGUACUCCGUACUACUGACUGGUUUCGCAAUGAUGCUCAGCGUUAGCCUCUGCUAUAGCCUUUACGAGCUUGCUCAUCACGAAGAUGCAUGCAGUCCCACAAAAUCAUGGUAACCCAACGCAUACAAACAGCGCAGUCGCAUAGAGCAAUGCACGUCCGCUCAUUUCUCCCGCCAACUUUACUUACGUAAUUUGAUCAUACAUCGAUCAAAGCGUCGUCUGCCACUAAUCAAUCAUCAACAGGCCUCUAAUGGAUCAUGGCUAAAUUUUGCGUGCCAGAUUCUUCUUGAAUUAAGCGCCGCUACUUUGGGAUAUGUAAACGAGUUUAUAAUCUGUUGUUGUAACAAUUUGUGCACGAUAAACGUAUCGUCAGAGUUAUGUGCCCAGGCGACUGAAGUAGCCUACAAGGUAAGAACAUCAGGACGUCAGCUUUUCUCGAAAUAAGCGGAAAAAAGUAACAGGGUUAUUUACCCAGAGAGAACGUCGGCUGGUUUGUGCACUGGACUAUCGCAAUGCGGCGAGCGACUCAGGUGAUCUUACAUGGACUUCUAAUGGUGUUCAUAUUCGGCCAUUACUCAUUUGGGAAUAAAACCAGGACAUCAGGCGAAUCAGAUUUUUUUCGUUUAUUUUCCUUCUUUGAUUGCCUCAACCAAACAGAGAAAUACCACAUCGUCAAACAUCCUGAUACGAUAUUGAACGAACAGAAGAAGCCGAACAUCACAGACGCUAUGAUACACCACAUGCCCUCGAAGCCGAUGUGUGGUAAUUAUGCCAGCAAUAAAACGAAUGACCUCGGCAAUUCGCCGAAAACGUCGUCCGAAGUGCCAUGGGCACCUAUUCGUAAAAAGCAGACGACAAACGUUGACGUGGCUAUCCGUCUCCGACGUGAGACGCCCGAAGGUAUAGCAGACCCGCAUAGCAUACCGCGAAUGAACUCGGUGGAUGCCAAGGACCGUGUUACUUCACAGGAGGCAUUGGCUCGAUCCACUAAUUACCAAUUCAUAUUGCCAUGGGAUAAAGUACGUAAGGAAGGCAAAAAAGAGAAACUGCAGGACAGAGCUAACGAUUUUGAAUACUACAAUGACGAUGCUGACGACGACGACGACGACGGCGAUGCAAAAAAGGACGAUUCUGCCGAAUCCAAUACGGACCUCGAGGAGCUACAUGACAUGUUAGUGAAUCAUCUCGGCCGCAUGAGUCCUGGUAAUUUGGCUCGUCUUAUGAAUAGGCUCUACCAUGCAACCAAUUUCGAGGGCUCUGAGAUCCAACCAUCGAGAUGAUUACGCCCAUCAAACUGUCUGUAGUUUGUUUUAUCAAACAUUCAUUUGGUAUUUUAAGCCCUAUAUUCUCUUCUUAUUCCGAGCUUGUGUAUUCUUGCAAAAACACCUAAAUAACUGGAAGGUCUUUUUUUUUUUAUUAUUUUUAAAAUAUUGUCCUUUUCAAAACACGUGGAAAUUACGAAAUAAUAUGUUUUCCAUAAUGCCAAUUAUGGGAGAACCGCAAGCAGAUGACUCAUGAAACCGAAAAGAAUUGUGUCACUAGAUAAUCAUCACUGCCAUCUGUCACUUAAUUUGUGACUGAAUGACAGUGCCGGCUGUCAGUCACACUUUUAUCAUUACUGAUAGGAACGUUCAACGUAAAGUGGGUGAGAGCAGUGGCUGCAAAUGAUAGCUCAACAAAUAAAUUCAACCAUACCAAUAAUUAUAUCCAGCUUAAAAGUAAUAAUUCAAACGCUGUACAUAUAUACGAAAGAUAUACAGUAUAUGACAAAUUGCCAGUCCUAAAUGCCUCAUGUACAUGCUAACGGUUUUUGAGUAUGAUUUUUUCGAAGAUGUCGCGAAUAAAUAAUACCUUAUACUAAUGUAGCGCUGUGAUUGAGAAGUUUAACUCGAGGGUAUUAUGUACACGAUGCUUCCAAAAGUGCUACGAAUAUAAAUCGGUCGAAAGCUCACCAAGCUAUCCUUUCUAGGCAUGUUAACUGUAGCUAGCAAAAAUUUGAGAAAAUACGGAUCUCUCGUCCCGACGGACAUGGUCUAACGAUUUGUGAUUGAUUACAUUUGCUGUCCCAAUGAUUCGCGUCUCCAUUGUUGAUUCGUCUUGGGUCAACUGUAAUGGAUGAACUUACCUGUAGUAGAUUUUUUCAUCAUCUUUAUAGAAAUUAAAGCAGGUUCAAACUUCAAAAGAAGGGCCCUUUUCUCGAGUUCUUCAAAGGGUUACCGCCAUCUCGUUCAACCUAACUUGGUGAAUUUAACAACAACAACAAGACACACAGUUCGGCCUUUUCGAAUGCAUCUAAUAGGUCGUGCCUGAGUGCUACCCGGAUAAGCCCUAGCGACAUUCGGAUCAUCUGGAUGGCCGUACCUGUUACCGUUUGCUUGCAAACGUACGAACGCAAUGAGCAACUGGAACCAUUAAACACCAGAGCUACUCUAUAUUUUCUCUAUAUAUAUAUAUAUAUAAAUGCGUAUAAAAUAAUGCGUGUAGUUUA